AUGGAGUACCCACGCCAGAAAUGGGCCAGCAAUGUGGAGUUCCUGUUGGCCAGCACGGGGAUGUCCAUCGGGCUGGGAAAUAUUUGGAGAUUUCCGUACGUUGCCUACGAGAACGGCGGAGGGGCGUUCCUGCUUCCCUACCUGCUGAUCAUGACGGUGGUGGGCCGCUCCAUGUUCUACAUGGAGAUGCUCAUGGGGCAGUUCCGGAGUUCCGGCGCCACGCAGGUCUUCGACUGCGUCCCAAUGGCCAGGGGUGUCGGCUGGGCCAUGGUGUACACGUGCUUCGUGAUCUGUUUCUACUACAACCUGCUGCUGUCCUACUCGCUCAACUACCUGUGGUACUCGUUCGCCGGCAAAGAGCUUCCCUGGACCCGCUGCGACCCCGCCUGGGCAAACGAGCACUGCGUCGACAGCGACAACAUGCUGAAAGCCUGCAGGUACGUGAACAAGACGUUGUACAAAAUCUACGUGGUGCUCAACGGCACGGACCUGGAGACCAGCGUGGUGCUCGGAGGCGCCAACGGCUCGGUGCUUGUGCCCAAGCAACUCUACACCAACGCCGUCGCAAACUGCACUGACCAGAUGGUCACCGCACCAGAGGAGUUCUACGAGAACUACGUUCUCGGCGUGAGCUCUGGGAUUCACGAUCUGGGGCAGAUCCAAGUGGGGCUCGUGAUCGGGCUUGCGCUAUCGUGGGUCGCUGUGUUCUUCUGCGUCUUCAAGGGAGUGCGGUCCUCCGGAAAGGUGUCGUACUUCACGGCCAUCACGCCAUUCUUCAUCCUCGGCGUGCUGCUGCUGAGGGGCGUCACCCUCGAAGGAGCGGGCAACGGCCUCUACUACUACUUCUACCCGCAGUGGGAGAAGCUCAAGCUGUUCAAGACGUGGAGAGCCGCGGCCGUGCAGAUCUUCUUUUCCAUCAGUCUCGCCCAGGGCCUGAACAUGUGCCUCGCCAGUUACAACGACUUCCACAACAACAUCGUUAGGGAUGUAUACGUCAUUGCGGCGACGGACUCCUUCGUCAGCAUCUUCGGCGGCGUGGUCAUCUUCUCUGUGCUGGGAAACAUGGCGCACCAACUGGACGUGCCCGUGCCCGAUGUUGUACAGUCGUCGUUCGGCCUGGCGUUCGUGGUGUAUCCGCAGGCGCUCAGCCUCAUCGAGUUUCCACGCUUCUGGUCUGUGGCAUUCUUCGCCAUGCUGUUCUUGCUCGCCAUCGACUCAGAGUUCGGCUUCCUGGAGGCCGCCCUGACUCCGCUGAAAGACGAGAUACAGGCGUUCCGCAUCUACGAGACGGCCGUGGCCACCGCCUCCUGCGUCUUCCUUUUCCUCAUGGGACUGCCCAUCGCGACGCAGGGAGGUCUGUACAUUCUGACGCUCAUGGACGAGUUCGUCUCCAGUCACUUGAUCCCUUGGGUGGGCGUAGCCGAAAUGAUUACCCUCGUCUUUGGAUACGGCAUCUCGCGCAUGAUCGCUGACAUGGAGUUCAUGCUCGGAGGGGCGCCGGGCAUUUUCAUGUACAUCACGUGGAAGUACUGUCUGCCCGUGGCUGUAAUUGUUCUGGCUACGACGUCGCUCACCAACUUCGAGCCGGUGACGGUGAAGCGGCGUGGUCACCCGUACGAGUUCCCGAUGUGGUCCCAGAUUGCCGGAUUCAUGUUGGCCGGCAUCGGUCUGGCCUUGAUACCCAUCGUCGCUCUCAAGGAGCUCUGGGCCGCCAAUUGGGACUUUCGGAAGGCGCUCGCCCCUCUCGACAGCUGGGGUCCCAAGAGCUACGAAGUCCGCCGCCGCUACCGGCUAUUCAUGGUCGACAAGGGUUUCAUGAAGGCCGACGAAGCCGAGCGGCUCAACGAGAGCGAGAGAGAGCUACGAGAGCUCGAAAUCAAGGAGAAGGCGCGGGAAGAGGCCAAGGAGGCUGCCGAGGCGCUGAAGCCAGCAGACAAGCCCGAGCCAGGUGCAGCCGGUGAGGCUGCCAAGCCGGAGAUCAAGGAGCCGCCAACAGAGGAGCCACCAAAAGCGGUGCCAAAAGCGGACGCCAAAGGAAAAGCGAAAGCAGAUGCCAAAGGAGAAGCGAAGGCAGAUGUCAAAGGAGCGGCAAAGAAAUAG